GCUCGUUUUUCCGUGAGCGCCUGAACGCAUCGUGUCACGUGACAUCAGCUGACAGAACGGACACAACUAACAUGGCGGUGUGCAUAGCAGUUAUCGCUAAAGAGAACUACCCACUGUAUAUUCGCAGUGUACCCACCCAAAAUGAGCUGAAGUUUCACUACACAGUACACACCUCUCUAGAUGUGGUGGAGGAGAAGAUCUCUGCAGUGGGGAAGUCCAUAGGAGACCAGAGGGAGCUUUAUCUGGGACUGCUGUAUCCCACUGAAGACUAUAAAGUAUAUGGGUAUGUAACCAACUCCAAGGUGAAAUUUGUGAUUGUUGUCGACUCAUCGAAUACAUCAUUGCGGGACAAUGAAAUAAGGAGUAUGUUCAGAAAAUUGCACAAUUCUUUCACUGAUGUAAUGUGCAACCCCUUCUACAAUCCUGGGGAUCCAAUUCAGUCCAAGGCUUUUAAUGGGAUUGUGUCUGGAAUGAUGGUACAAACUGGCUGAUCACCUCUUUCCUCACCCGCUUUGAUGAAGAUCCGCUGUACUGACCACCCUUUUUCAUUUAUGUUGCCUUGUGUUUUGAAAUCGUGAAUAAACUUAAGUAUUGCCGAA